AUGCCUGAUAUCUCAACGCCCUCCGCAUUUGAUGGUUUGGACUGGCCUGAGAGUGAUAUUGACUGGGCAUCGGCGACGGUGUACCACUACUGUUUCAUUGGUCUCUUCACUUUGGUGCACAUCGGUCUGUACUGCACUGGAGG